AUGAACUUACUUUUGUGCUUGAAUUUCAAGAUGACAAGUAAGAAAAGUAACAGACCUACAGUCACAUCAUGCACUGCUCUGCAUAUGGAAUGGGACAGGAUUUCUUGCCCUAUUUGUAUGGAGCAACCACACAAUGCUGUUUUACUUAUAUGCAGUUCGUACAAGAAUGGCUGCAGAAGUUAUAUUUGUAACACAAGCCAUCGACACUCUAAUUGCCUAGACCGGUUCAGAGAAAUGAAUGGAGAUAGUAAGGUCCGUGAUUCACACUCAACCUCUUCGGUGCUUUCAAACUCCAAUAACAGAACAGUCCAACCAAGAUCUCACUAUAGUACGAUUUCCAGACAUUUGUUGAGCCCAAGCCUCAGAAGACACAUUGACAAUGCUAAUAACCAAGAAUCUGCUAAUUCAACACCAUUCUUAGGAGAAAGUAGCAUUAUAAUGCAAGAAUGUCAUGAUGCUAUGCAAAUUUCAGUUGACAUGAAGUGUCCUCUCUGUAGAGGAUCAGUAUCAGGCUGGAUUCCUGCUGGAGAAGUCAGAAAGUAUCUGGACGAGAAGUCGAGGUGUUGCUCCCAUGAUUGCUGCAAAUUUGUUGGUAGCUAUGAGCAGCUGCGUGAGCAUGCUAGAACAGCUCACCUGCGUGCAAAGUCUGCCCUUGUAGAUAUCUCAAGGAAAAGGUCUUGGGAUCGCCUUGAACGUGAGCAGGAGUUUGGUGAUGUGAUUAGUGCAAUCAGGUCACAGAAUCCUGGUGCAGUAAUAGUUGGUGACUAUGUUAUUGAGACUAGAGAUGCAAUGUCUCCUGAUGAAGAUUCUGGGGAAGAAAGUGGUGAUGAGUGGUGGUCUCCUGCCCAAGACCAAGUAGAAUCACCGGAUAGACAUCGUGCCCCUAGGCCCUGGCUGAAUGGAAGACUAGGAUCACCUACCAUUUGGCCAGAUGGAAGGCAUGCCUUCCCUAGGUUUCUGCCACAGCCCAGGCCAUUCAGUGAUAGGCGCAGCUCACGUGCAGAUUGGCAGGGCAUCCGACGGUCAAGCGCGCAAAGCUGGCUGCGCCAGGGUUUCUCGAAUCGGCACUCUAGGCACACCAGCAGUUACCGCGGAUAUCGCCAUGGCAUCUUUGAUCGCCGUUACGCUGGAAACAAUCGUGCAGGUAUUGAUAGGAGGCAGGAUGGCCCAACAUUUCCGCCGGGAAGACGGCAGCGUUUGAGAUACACGCAAAGAAGCCAGCAUGAUCCAUGA